CGAGCGAGAACGCGACAGCAAAGAUCGUGACCGUGGCAAUAAUGGAGACAACAAAGAACUUGCCAGAGACCGUGAUCGUGAGAGAAGAGAACGUAAAAGGAAGAGAUCACGCAGUCGCUCUCGUAGCCGUGAUCGUACUACAAGAAGACGUAGAUCCAGAUCCAAUUUUUGGAAAUCAGGUUUAGGUUGUUUCAAAAUGAUGAACAACUCAAAAUCAAAACACUCUAAUGGAAAUGACCAUUCAAAAUCCAAACCUCAUGGAAAGCGAAAGCCAAUAAGAAAUACUUCAAAUGAAGACACAGUUGAAACAGUUUAUGUUGAAUCCAAUCAUGUUCCACUGGUGAUCCCCAAAUGGGAAAAACCAGAUACUCAAAGAAAAUCUUUCCAUCUUGCAAGGGAUCCCCGCAUGACCUCAAAUCCCAUUAUGGAACGUGAUGAUGACAUGGAUGAAGAUAUUUCCAAUGAAGCAUUUCCUCCGGAUUUGACAAAUAACGAAUUAGUACACACCGCAGAAUUUCUCCAAUCAAUCAUCGACAUCAACGUCGAAAAUGUUAAAAGUGAAAAAGAUGAUCUACUUGGACUUCGAGAAACUGACGAUUGGAAAAUCCAGUUUUGGAGUGAAGCAAAUACAACCACUGAAGAAGAUCGCAGUCGUUCAAAGAGGUCUCGUGACAAGUCAGUGGAUAGAGAUCGUUCUGUAUCUCGUGACAACCACCCACCCACCCAUAGCGCUGGUUCAUCCAGAGGUGCCGCCACCGAAUCGUGGGAUGCUCCUGUCGAUGUUUGGGGACUGGGAAGCACCGCUAGUGGUUCAAAGACCUCUACAUCUCGUUCUGCAACACCCGUCAGCAGCGAACCUGAUGACUGGAACGCUGCAACCAACGCCUGGGGUUCCGUUACAUCCAAUCGAACUGCAGCGAAAACGACGCCUAUUACAAGACCUGCAUCGAGUAGUGGCGCCUCUAAUGAUGAUUGGGGAGCUCGUGCUGAUGCGUGGGCAUCGGGCGGAAGUUCAGCUCCUCGUGGAAGAACAACACCAAGUGCAAGCCCAGCAGGAACCAGCACGGAUGAUUGGGGUGCACCCAGCAAAACGCCAACCAGUGGUAACGGUGUUGCGGCGGAUGAUUGGAAUUCCGGCUGGAGAUCUACAUCUAAUCCGUCGACUCACAAGUCCACUUUUGCUCCCAAACCUGGAGGUGGUGAUUACUGGGGAGCCAAAGCUGAUGCUUGGGCAAGCUCUAAGGGAAGGACAACUCCAAGCGCUAACAAAGAUGAUGAUUGGGGAGGCUCUACCAGUUCAAGCAGUCCCUGGGCAACUGGCGCAAAUGCUGCUCCCCAAUCAAGAGGUGGAAGAACUUCUUCACGGGGUGGAUCCAGAUCCGGUGCUCCUGCCGUCAGCCAACCAGCUCCAGUCGACGAUUGGGGUAUACCUAGUGAUACACCAGCUGCCCCACCUGCUACAACUACACCUCGUAGCGGUGCAGCAACAACAUCAACCAACGACGACUGGGGUACAGAAGCCGAUGCCUGGGCAUCUGGAACUAGUAGCAAGCCAACAACUCCGAGAGCUGCACCGACCGCUAGUUCAUCUGGUGGUGGCGGUGAUGAUUGGUCAUCAGCAGCCGAUACCUGGGCCAGUGGAAGCAGCUCCAAGACCACAACGCCUAGUGCCAGCAAAUCGGAUGAUCCAUGGAGUGUCGUAGUUAACAGUGGAGGAUGGUCUUACUGCUCUAGAGGAAGAGGAGGAGGAACCAUGUCCUAUUAUAAUUCUCAGUCUAGCUUUGGCCCCAAUGGAGAGAGUAGCGACAAUCGCUCCCGAAACACUACAGCGCCUGUCAUUAAUGAUGAUUGGAGGCGUUCUGCCACCACAAGCAGCACUCACUGGACUACGGGCAGUAGAAAAUUCAACGACGACGCUUGGGGAGCUCCUGCAUCUACUCAAGGAGGCAGUAGAGCAGAUUUAAACGGAAGACGAAUCAAGCUUGUCGAGGAUAAAGAUUCUGGUAGACGCGAAUCUCGCCGUCGUUCUCGUUCCCGCUCACGUCGUCGCUCAUCUUCUCGUUCCCGCUCACGUCAUCGCUCACGUCGUCGUUCACGUUCUCGUUCCCGAUCACGUCGUCGCUCACGUCGUCGCUCACGUUCUCGCUCCAGGUCCAGAAGCAAGAGCCGCAGUCGUUCAAAAAGAAGGAAAAUUGUCCUAAAUGUCCAUUUAGGAAGCAAAAGUCGCAGCCGCUCCAAAUCUCGCGGGCAUUCAAAGUCCAAGAGCAAGUCCCGUUUGCGUUCUCCGAGAAAGUCUCGAUCCGAGUCGAGGUCUCGCGACAAGUCUAUGGAUAGGUCAAAGAGCAAGUCACACUCACGUUCGUCAAGAAAAUCUCGCUCCAAGUCCAGGUCUCGUGACAAGUCAGUGGAUAGAGAUCGUUCUGUAUCUCGUGACAAGUUUUUUGUACGCCCUGACUCCGUAAGGAAAUGCUUCCGCUGCGGUGUAGUGGGCCAUGAAGCAAAAAAUUGUAGAAACAACGAUAAAAAUGCCUGGGCAUCUGGAACUAGUAGCAAGCCAACAACUCCGAGAGCUGCACCGUCCGCUAGUUCAUCUGGUGGUGGCGGUGAUGAUUGGUCAUCAGCAGCUGAUAACUGGGCCAGUGGAAGCAGCUCCAAGACCACAACGCCUAGUGCCAGCAAAUCGGAUGAUCCAUGGAGUGACGUAGGUAACAGUGGAGGAUCGUCUUACAGCUCUAGAGGAGGAGGCGGAGGAUCGUAUGGCUCUAGAGGAGGCGCUGGCGGCGGCAGAGGAGGAGGAGGAGGAGGAAGACCCUGCUUUAACUGCAAUGAAGAAGGUCACAUGUCUAGAGAAUGCCCCAAGCCUUCUACCAGGGGAGGUGGUAGAGGAGGAGGAAGAGGAGGAAGCACUGCGACGUGUUAUAAUUGCAAUGAAGAUGGACACGUGUCGAGAGAAUGCCCCAAGCCUUCCACCAGGGGUAGAGGAGGAGGAAGAGAAGGAGGUAGCGGUGGUGGAAGGAAUACUUGCUUUAAGUGUAAUGAAGAAGGGCACAUGUCAAGAGAUUGUCCCAAUGGAGGCAGUAGCGGGGGAGGCAGUCGCUCCCGAUCCAGUACCGCGCCUGCCGAUGAUGAUUGGGGAACAUCUUCCGCCACCAGCAGCAGCAGUCCAUGGGCUACGGGUGCUAAUGCAGCUCCUAGAGGUAGAGCAACACCGAGUGCUGGAAAAUCAAAUGAUGAUGUUUGGGGAGCUCUAGCACCUCCUCGAGGAGGCAAUAGAUCAACACCAAGUGCCAGCAAGUCAAAUGACGAUGAUUGGGGAGCUCCUGUGCCUCUCGUAGCAGGUGGCAGAGCAACUCCUAGUGCUAGCAAAUCCAACGACGAUGAUUGGGGAGCUACUGCCGAUUCCUGGUCUUCGGUUACUGGAAAGAGUGGUGGUGGAGAUCGCGGGUCAAGAUCUAGUAGAAGUGUUGCACCUUCAGGGGAUUCCUGGGACACUGACGCGACCUCCAAAGCUUCUGCGUCUAGAGGAGAUGAUGAUUGGGGUUCGUCUACCACUGCACCUGGAACAACACCGAGAUCUGGUAAUGGUCGAAGAAGCUCCCGCCCAGGUGGUCGCAGUAACGAAAUCAAGCUUGUCGGGGAUAAAGAUUCGGGCUGACGCGGUUCUCACGGUCUUUCGUUUAUAAAGGGUAGAUUUAUUGCAUCAUUGACGGAACCCAGAUGUCUGUUUCAUUCUUUAAUUCGUUGUUAUCCAACUGCCUCGCUCUAAUAAUAAUAAGCUACGCUAGAAAAUGUUUGCAUGUCAGUUAACCCUACAUACUACUUUCCUAUUCUCCAAUUAAGCAGAUUGUUUUCCAGCAACACCAACGUUUGCAU